AUGGUAUUGGACUACCCACAAAGAGAAACUAAGGGAUCUUCAUCCAAGAACAUGGCACCUAAUUCCUCGUCAAUGAACAUCCGCCCAUCUUCCGAAGUGGAAGCUGGGGAAGACAAAGGGUUACUUGAUCCUCAUCUAUCUGUGUUAGAACUUUUAGGUAAAACGGGGCAUUCGCCUUCUCCAAUGGGACAUAGCCUGGUCACAUCUAUUGACAUAUCCAGCCACCAUUAUGUGAAUGACAGUAUAUCGGGAUCAUGGCAGGCCAUUCACCCUUUGGACUUGGGCGCUUCUUUUGUCCCAGAAAGAAGCUCUUCUCAAACGACUAAUGGAAGUAUUUUAUCAUCCAGUGAUACUUCUGAGGAGGAGCAAGAGUUGCUUCAAGCCCCUGCCGCUGAUAUAAUAAACAUCAUUAAACAAGGCCAAGAAGGUGCAAGCGUGACUUCGCCGUCUCGCCCCUUUAGACAACUACAUAAGGUGAUAUCACUGCCUCUACCCGCCAAAGGGAGAACCUCGUAUGGUGAACAAGACGAUGAUGACAAUAAUGUCGAUGAUGAUUAUGACGAUGGAGCAUAUGAAGAAGAUAGUGGCACAAUAACGAAAAGCUUGACUUCUUCAACAAAUUCUUUUGUGAUGCCUAAAUUAUCACUGUCGCAAAAGAACCCAGUUUUCCGCCUUCUAAUACUGGGGAGGACGGGGAGCAACUUCUAUCAGUCAAUUCCAAAGGAACAUCAGUCUCUCUUCGAAUUACCUAAAUAUCAUGAUUCCACAGCAUUCCCACAAUAUACAGGCAUCAUCAUAAUUUUCCAAGAGCUGAGAGAGAUGGUAUCUUUGCUAAAUAGAAUCGUCCAAUAUUCACAAGGUAAGCCCAUAAUACCGAUCUGUCAACCGGGUCAAACUAUUCAAGUGAAAAACGUUCUGAAGUCAUUUUUAAGGAACAAACUCAUCAAACUGUUGUAUCCUCCAGUAGUUGUGACCAAUAGAAGAGAUCUGAAAAAAAUGUUUCAGAGGUUGCAAGAUCUAUCUUUGGAAUACGCGGAAGAUGGUGAUAAUGACGAUGAAGAUAAUGACGAUGAAAUUAUACAUACAAACUCUCGAUCAUACUAUCGUAAUAAGAAGGCCAACAGUUCAAAGAAGAAAUCCUUCAAAUCAAAUAAAAAGCCCAAGAAGAAGAAACAGAGAUCUUUGACAAGAUGGUUUACUUGGGGCGUUUCGAUUACCAUAGGAAUAAGUUUUGGAUGCUGUGUCACAUAUUUUGCCACUGCAGCAUACGACCACCAAACAGGCAAGUCUUUCAAUUUGCGGUCAUCCAUACUAACUUCUUUGCUCUCCUUGGAUUCUUAUCACGACACAGUCAACACGCCUGCCACUACUUCUACCUCUUCUGGUGAACAGUUUUUGUGGUUUGAUAAAGGCACACUCCAGAUAAACUUCCACUCGGAUGGAUUCAUUAUGAAAAGUCUUACUGUCAUCAAGGAUACUUGGAGCAAAAUGAAUGUUUUUGUCUUGAAUGCUCUCUCUAGACCUUUGAAUUUUUUAGAGAAUCUCAACAAAAACUCUGAUUUUUCCCUUGAUGAAUCUAAUCGGAUUUUGGCACUCGGUUAUAUUUUAUUAUAA